AUGCUGAGAUCCAACUCUGCCGACACAUCGGCCUCGACCUAUGGCUCAGAGUUUUCGGGAUCGAACCCAGUCACCGCUGGUCAGAAAAUGGACUUCUCUACCCCAAUGAAGUCACAAGGGUCGCCAAUGGCAUACCAUCGAAAGUACGACGACUACUACGCCUCCCAAUCGCAGGGCCAGAUCCAGAGUCAGGCUCAAAGCCAGGGCCAGGCGCAAACUUAUGGUCAAGCCCAGCAAUACCAUGGAACCACCAAUUGGCCCAGAUCAAAUGCCAGACGUGGCUCUAGUUCAGCUGCCUCAGCCACGCCAUUAGGACCAAUCAACACCCCUUUCGAAACCAUGGGACUCAAAUUUCCCAAUUUGAGAAUCAACGAUUCGGGUGGGUCUUCUGGUCUCUUGGAAUCACGAGAGGGCAAGUACCAAUGGGGAAACACGCCGACGUUUGCCACUUCUGACGCUUAUAAGCGAGAGCAGUAUGGGAAGUCAUACGAGUCUUCUCCCGUUGACGAAGUCACUAGGUACCGGAUGGAACUAAAACUGAAGGAUUCUACCAUCGAGUCACUCUGCACCGAAAUUGAAGUUCUCCGUAACAUAAUCCAGUCAUCUGGGGCAGAUAUUACUGGGAAGGCUGGGAAGGAUGACAAACAGUCACAGAUCCAGCUUCUCGAAGAGAAGGCAAGGGACGCUGAGAUGAGACUCGAAACCGUAUUAACUGCUAUUGCGCUCAAUCCAAACCCAGGCGCUGCAACCAGGACUGGCCGUUACGAUGAGCAGGAGAUGGCACACAAAAUAUUCACCAAGAUGAAGAUCCUCACUGAGGAGAACGAUGAAAUGGCCAAGAUGCUUAGUUUCGGAAGGUCCAAGCAAAAGGAUAUCCAGAUCGGGCUUCUCAAGGCUGAAAAUGAGGAGUUGAAAGAGAGGUUGCAGAAGCUUGAAACAACCACUUGA